AUGUCUGAAACCGAUUUUAUCACCAAGUUUUUGACGCUUGCUGCGUUGAAUGAGCCUGUGUUACCAUCAAACUAUAGGAAGCCAUUGCAACAAGUGAACAAUCUUGGAGUUGCGCUAACACCAUUGAAGUACAAGUACGAUCCUAGCAAAUCGCGCAAGAAGGCUGUUCCUCAGAAUGUGGAGGUGUCAAUUAAGUCAAUCAAGGCACCAAGGUUUUCUCAUGUCAAGUCAUUUGAACCUACUGCUACGUUUGGACAAGUGAAAGAGUUCCUUGUUGAGACGGAGCCUGAGAUCGUGGGCGCCAGUCAAAUCAAGUUAUUGCUUAAGGGUAAGGUUCUACAUGACACGCAAUUGGUUUCUGAUCUGAGUAAAGAUAAAUUGGCUCUUAUUGCCAUGGUCUCGAAGGCAGAAAAGCCGGUGGAGACACCGGCAGCAACAGCAGCUGCUGCUGCUCCGGAACCUGCGGCAGCGGAUCCCGAGCCAAUGGACAUUGAUGAAGCCGACCCACAAUUGAACCUUCCUACCAUAGAUUCCAUUGCUCUUCCUUGGGACAAAAUCAGGGAUCUUCUCGAAACUAGUCUAGGCGACGCAGAAGUGACCAAGAUUGCUGUCGAAAGGUUGCAAAGAGGAUGGGAACUGGCAAAGUAG